AGGAGGGGCUUCUAAACGACUAGAAAUGUCAAUCUGAGCAAAGGAGUCCCAAUAAUCUAAAGCAAUCUGUAAGGACCUGACCUUAGUCCAUCCAGAUCAAUAGGGAAGUGAGGGUGGAAAGAAGAAGAGGAAGAAAUAAGGGGCGCAACCGGAUCGUUUACACUGGCUGUUACCGAGGAAAUAUAGACUUCCCUUGCUUGCACCUUUUGUUGCUCACAUGCUCACACUGUAAAAGUGGAUAUCGAGGCAAUUCCCUUGCUUUGUGUGAUUGCAGCAGACUUUUUCCCCUUUUCCUACCGCCAUGUCUUUCCCUCAGCUGGGAUAUCAGUACAUCCGACCGAUAUACCCGCCGGAGCGCCAGGGGAUCGCCAGCAAUGCCCGGGCCGGGACAGAGCUCAGUCCGUCCGGCGCACUCUCCAACGUCCUCUCCACUAUGUAUGGAUCUCCUUUCGCCGCAGCAGCGCAGGGCUACGGAGCGUUUCUGCCCUACUCAAACGAUAUAUCAAUUUUCAAUCAAUUGGGUGCUCAGUAUGAACUCAAAGACAGCCCCGGUGUCCAGCACCCAGGGUUCGCCCACCAUCACCCUGCUUUUUAUCCAUAUGGCCAAUAUCAGUUCGGUGACCCAUCCAGACCCAAAAACGCCACCAGGGAGAGCACCAGCACCCUGAAGGCCUGGCUCAGCGAGCACCGCAAGAACCCCUACCCAACCAAGGGCGAGAAGAUCAUGCUGGCCAUCAUCACUAAAAUGACCCUCACCCAGGUGUCCACCUGGUUCGCCAACGCCAGGAGGAGGCUAAAGAAGGAGAACAAGAUGACCUGGGCCCCUCGGAACCGCACCGACGAAGAGGGAAAUGUUUACGGCAGCGAUCACGAGGGGGAGGAGGGGGACAAGAGGGAGGACGAGGAGGAGAUCGACUUGGAGAACAUCGACACGGAAAAUAUUGAGAACAAGGACGACUUGGACGACCAGGACGACCUGCAUUCAGAUAUUAAACUUGACGGGAGGAGUGACUCUGAGAUUUCGGACGGCUAUGAGGAUUUACAAGGGCCCGACCAGAGGUUUCUAAAAGCUGUGGGGAAAGAGGGGAAAGACGUGGAGAGGGGAGGAGAGCACUUCCACAGCCACCCUCACCACCACCAUCACCACUCUUCUUUGGACAGCAAAGCGUCCCAAGCAAACGGGGAACCGCUCAAACUGAAUACGGUGUCCGUUAGCUCGCCGCCCUCAGAGAACAACCCUGCCCCGGCCCAAAAGCCAAAGAUCUGGUCUUUGGCAGAGACAGCCACGGCCCCUGACAAUCCGCGCAAAUCGCCACACAUGAACGGCAGCAACUCCGCAGGUCCGGCCGCCCAGACCAUAAUCGCCCCACAUAGACUCAUCUCUUCUUGUCCCGUUGGGAAAAUGCAGAACUGGACAAACCGAGCCUUCUCGGCGCAUCAGCUGGCUUUACUGAACUCAAAUCAUUAUCUGGGACUGGCAAACCAGGCCACUGCCACCGGCCUGGCCCUCUACAGCAGCAGGCACACGGAGGACAAGAGUCAUAGUUCAGAGACGUCAGUCACAGGCCACACAGAUGAACAGUGUUACAAUAUAAUAGCUUACAGAAUACAGUGUGUUUGAUGUAUGCCUGUGUGCGUGUGUGCGCGUGGUGUGAAACAGCUUUGAAAAAUGUCCGAGAGAAUUAUGAAAACAUCAUCAGAAAGCAUUUAAGAAAAAAAAGUCAAAUGUUGAAUUGGGUGAAAAGUGUUCUUAAUAUUCGUGUCCGUUUCCUCCUUGAUUUGGUAUUGCUACAUCCAUGGGAUAUUGAGCCCACGUGCUUGUAUUCAAUGGUUUACAUAAAGCCCUCGUCCUAUUAAGCCAACUAGUUUUCAACACUAAAUUCACUGAAACCUGGGAUGGGCUCUGAGAAUAGGCAGUUCCAUGAAUGCAUUUUAAUUUUCAUUGCCACAAUUUCAGAGAGAUCUAGUGCCUUGGAUGCAGAGAAAAAAAAGUUGUUAAAAACAGCUUUCACCCAGUUCAAAGAUAGCGAGGCUGACAAUUGAUGACAUUUGGGAAUUUUCUUUUUUGAUGCCAUAUCACAUUUUCUUUUUUAAACGCAAUAUUUACCCAAAUUAGCUUUUAUUCUAAGAUGCUUUUUUUUUUUUUAUCCCUGUGUUUGUGCGCAUGUGUUUUUUCGUCAAGGCCUAUGUUACACUUACUUGUUUGGUCAUGCAAAUGAGCUCAAUGCAAAUUCACUACAAGCUCGUUUUUGAAAGGCAAUUGUCACUUUUAUAUUAUUUUGUUUUUUUUCCCGAGGCUAUUAUUAGUAGGAUUUCUUUUUAGAUCAAUCCAAUUUUUUUUUCUGUUACCCCUGUGUAUUUCAGGCCUCAGAACCAACUAAGCAGCGGUGGUUCUUUCGGCUCUCUCCUCUCCAUAACCUCACACCAAUCCUCUUUAUUCUUUUUUUUUAUUUGAAUAUGGAAUGUAAAAUAAGAAUAAUACAUCUCUGUAUACUUACAUUGUAAGCAUGUCCUGUGUAAAACUGCUAAUGUAAUAAUGUAUGAACCUGUAGUCUGUGAGUUUUUCUUUUCCUUUUUGUAAGUUCUGUGAGGAUUUGAUGUUCAAAUGUUUUGUAUAUAAAGUUAAGAAUAUGUACAUACUUGUGAACCAAAUUGUACAAGAAAGUCUAUAUUUUGGCUAAUAAAUGAACUGCUGCAACUUUAAGAAAUUGCUGGUUUUUGGCCGAGGUAUUUUGACAGCUGCUUUUGAUGGUGGCUGUUAUUGUGCACUGCAGCUUGAAUUGCAUUGCUUUGGUAUGUAUUUGUAUGUGUGUUAGUGGACAGCCUAAGGCACAGACUUCAUCCGCCGUGGCAGUGAUAAGUAAAUAUUCGAGAGGGAUUCAUCACACUUUUGUAGUGGAGGGACUUAAGGCUAAUUAGCUAGUGUUGCGGCAUAUAUUUGGAUAUUAAUGUUGUGGGAUUAUCCUUACAGAGACGUAAAAUGAAUAAUUCUUUCAUUAAUUUUCGUCUGAAAUUGUAUGGUUUAUAAAGAGAUUUUAGGUAAUGAAUCACUGUUGUAUGAUCGCUGCUAUUCGGUAAAAGCGGUUCAGCUGAUCCGAAGGAUCGAUCUUGGCUUCGCACAGCAACUCCCAGAUCUCAUCAUGCUCAAUUUGCAAUGCUUUUGCUCUUCACAUAUAUCAUACAAAUGUUCCUCCACCAACGCUGCUCUUUGGAAUAAUUGUAAUAUAUGGUAGCUGUAGAACUAAUAAUAACAUCAUUUAUUUUGUUUGCCCGUGACGUGAUCAUUUGCAUGUGUGUGAGACCUUAUCAGAGGAAGUUUAUGUAAACUUAGUGUUGGAGCUCCCUCUACAGUCACAUGCAGUCGGCCAUGUUCUGGUGCACUCACACACCCACACACACACACACACACACACACACACACACACUCAAAGAUUGAGCUCAUGUAGUGUGAAUUUCCUUCGGCGCAUUUCUAAUUUAUUCAUCAGGUGUGAUAUAAAAUUCGAUAGUACAUUUUGCUCUUAUUAAUCUGUCACAAUAUCAGACCUUUUUAACGUGUUUUCAAGCCUUCGUGUUGUGAUUUUAUGAUGUACAAACGCAGUGCAUAUGUCACAAUUAAUCACUUGUUUUGAUGCGUCAAAAAGCAAGCAUAUAUACAUAUGUUUAAAAGGCAAGAAAAAUAAAUAAUUGAUGUUAAUUUUAGCCCAAACGAUCAAACAUAUCUUAUCAAAAAACAAAGAGGCAUUUUUUUAGUUUGGGUCACAACAACAACGGGCAACAAUUAGGCAUAAACAUUAUGCAAAUAUUUACCAAAAAGUACAAUAAAGCAAAUCUUGUCAAAUAGAACAAGUAGAUCAAAUUCAGCUUUUUUUACAGUCGCCACUAGCUCGAGUAUUAAACAAUAUUGUAUGGCUGCCAUGCUUAACUUGAGAAUGACAGGACUUCUCAAUCAUCCUUGAAAGAGCAUUCAAUCGUUUCACUUCAUUCCUGCGGUAAGAUGAGAUAAAAGGUUAAAACAAGAAAACAAAACAAGAGAGAAAAAUAC